UCGACGACGUCAAGCAACAUUAACACGAUACAUUGUUGAAUUGAUUUAGAAUAGUGAAUAAAUCAACAAAUAUUUUGGAUUACUAACGAUUAGAUCAGCAUUUUAUUUAGUAUCAAACUCGUGUCCAUCAAUAAACAUAUUAAAUUGGGCAAUUUGAUGGACAAGAAAAUGGAAAAACAUGGGGGUAUAAAAGAGUUCUACAAAGGAAAACAUAUAUUCAUAACUGGAGGUACGGGGUUUGUCGGUAAAGCCAUAAUUGAAAAGAUUUUACGCAGUUGUCCAGAAUCUGGAAAUAUUUAUAUGCUCUUAAGGUCGAAGAAAGGAAAAUCUUUAAAUGAGAGAUUACAACAGUUAUUAUCCAACCCGUUGUUCGAUUUACUAAAAACUAAAAAUCCAAAUAUUCUUAAGAAAAUUAUUCCAAUUGCUGGAAAUGUUCUGGAAACCGGGUUAGGACUUUCAAAAGAAGACCGACAACUCUUAAUUGAAAAAGUAAAUAUUGUAAUCCAUUCGGCAGCUUCAGUAAGAUUCGAUGAUUUCUUAAAAACCGCCAUUUUUUUAAACUUGCGCAGUACUCGAGACUUGGCCUUGUUGGCUUUGGAAAUGAAGAACAUCAACGUGUUUCUUCAUAUUUCAACGGCGUACUGUAACGUUCAUGGGAAGGUGAUAGUGGAAGAAAAAUUGUAUCCUGCCGAAGCCGAUUGGAGGGAAGCUGUAUAUGUAGCGGAAAAUUGCAACGAAAAUAUAAUGAACGUCUUAUCACUAAAGUGUAUGGACAAAUUUCCCAAUAGCUACACGUACACCAAACACUUAGCAGAACACUGUAUCAACGAUUUGCUAGCAUCCAAAGUGGCCACUGUUAUUGUAAGGCCAACCAUUGUUACGCCAUCCAUUUAUGAGCCCUUUGGUGGUUGGGUGGACAACUUCAAUGGUGUUGUUGGUAUGCUAACAGGAGGUGCUAUGGGCUUAGUUGGUCUGACACUGGGUAAAGAAGAUAUGUUGGCAGAUUGUGUUCCAGUAGAUGAAGCUGUCAAAGUGAUGUUAUCUGGCUGUUUUGUUACAGGACUAACUGGGCCGAAAGAUACUGUGGAUGUGCUACAAGCUAGUGCUUAUGGUUUGAAACGUUGGAAGAUAAAACAAAUCAUCAAAAUAGGCAAAAGGGCGGUUUGGGAGGUGCCAUUUGAGAAGCAGAUAUGGCACACAAGAGGUGGAUUGACUUCUAGCACACUGUACUACUACAUUAAUGUCGUCUUAUUUAAUUUAAUACCUGCCAUAUUCCUUGAUUUAUUUAUCAGAAUAGCUGGACACAAACCUAUUAUAUUCAAGAUCCAAAGGAAAAUCUACAUUGCCACGACAGCCCUCAUGUAUUUCAUGAGCAACCAGUGGGACUUUUUAAACGAGAAGGCUAUGGGGAACUUCUCUAAAGUUCCAGAGAACGAAGCGGAAGAGUUUUGCGUUAAAAUUUACGAGAGAUCUGAGGAGGAAAUUUAUGACUAUUAUAAAAAUGCCAUAGAUGGUACUAGAUGGAUUUUGUUGGGUGAAAGUAAGCAAGUCAAGCCGAAUGCACUGAGAAAUAAGAAAAGGUUUUUCUAUCUAGACAGGGCAACCAAUGCACUUUUCUACUUCUCCAUCUUUUGGUUUAUCUUCUUCAAAAUCGAAAUUCUAUCAGUCGUGUUCCACGCAAUCAGAAAUUACUGGAAUAGUUUGGAAUGACGCAAGAAAUAAAGAGACAUUUUAAUUCUAA